AAGCGAAUGUGUAAACCCUAAACAAUUUUUUUCUCCAUAGGGAGUUCCAUGCAAUUUGGCAUUCAUUGUAGAAGAUCAGACCUUGAAACGCGCCAUCAUCACUAACUUACAUGUAAUUUAUGUUUUUAGUGUAGAAUAAUUACGAAAAUUCUUGUUUGUGCUCAGGAAAAUCUUAUUUCAGCUUGGAAAAAUCUUGUUUGAGCUUGGAACCUUGGACGGUAAGGAUUUUUGUUAAUAGAUGCGUUUGAAUUCAAAGCUCUGAACCCCUGCUCCACAGUGCGCAUUGGACAAUAAUGGGGAAGAAGGACAAGAACAGUAACAAGUCCCAGUUACCGCUGCUUCCCCCAGAGGAAGAGGUCGAGGUGUCCGACGAGGAUUUGGAAUUUAUACAGAGGAAUACGCAAUAUGCUUCCUUCCUCAACCGCUUGGAUACUCACACCAUCACCAAACAAGUGGUGGGGUUGCUUGAUGAGGGAAAUGAUGAGGAGGCGUUAGAAAAUUAUUAUGAGAAGAAGCGGUUGAAGAAGAAGGAAGAGAACAUUUCAAAUUUAGUAGAUGCCGUCGACGUGCUUCCCGUGAAGAGCCUCACUGGACAGCUCUAUUAUAAAACAGAUUCUAAGGGUUCAGGUCCUUUUCAGCAGAAUAAUAAAGGAACUUCAGUUGAGAGCAAUGUAAAUGAAGAUGUUAGUGCUGCAAAAUCCAAGGAGAAGCUUUCGAAAGCUGAAAGAAGAAAGGAGUUGAAGCAUGCCAAAAAGCAGGCUAAGAAAUUGGCAAAGGAAGAAAGUCAGCUUGCUACAAUAAGAAAAGCACCGAAAUCAGCUUUGCUGGAGGAACUGAAGAAGGAUCUUUCUGCGGAGGAAUUGUUUGCCCAGCGAAAGGCUCACUUAGCAGAGAUUGGGACUGGACUGCUUGCAGAUCCAGAGAAAAACAUUUCAACCUUGAAGGAGUUGGUGGAGAUGUGCAGCGAUCGUGACAAGAGCAUUUCACAUCUUGCAACGCUAUCUGCUUUGGCAGUUUUUAAGGACAUUGUUCCAGGCUAUCGUGUGAGGCUUCCAACAGAGAAGGAAUUACAGAUGAAAGUUUCAAAGGAAGUGAAAAAAGUGCGUGAUUUUGAAUCUACCCUUCUACGGUUUUACCAGACAUAUAUUCAAAAACUGAUGACUUUGGAACAUGAUUCUUCCUCUUGCAAAAUAGCACUUCGUUGCAUGUGUUGUUUACUAGAAGCCAUUCCUCACUUCAAUUAUCGGGAUAGCUUGUUAGCUGCAGUUAUUCCACACGUGAGCUCUAUUGAUGAUUCAAGCAGAAAUCUGAGUGCUACAGCUGUGAGAUCAUUGUUUUUGAAUGAGGGAAAGCAUGGUGGUGAGGCCACAGUGGAGGCUGUUGAACUAAUAGCAGAUUUUGUAAAGCAGCAUCAUUGUCGUCUUCAUCCUAAUACCAUUGAGGUUUUUUCGUCACUAUCUUUUGAUGAAGGUCUUGGAAGAUUCCAGGAAUCUCAAUUAAAUUCAAAGAAUAAUCGCCGAGCUAAGGAGAAAAAUAACGACUUAAAGUCAAGUGGGCCAGAAAAGAGUGAGAACAAAGUAAAGAAGCGCCAGUUGGCUUCAAAGUUGAGAGAAGAGGUGGAGGCAGAUUUUAGAGCAGCCUCUUCAGCACCAGAUACUGUGGAACGCAGAAGAAUGCAGACACAGACAAUUGCUGCAGUCUUUAAGACUUAUUUUCGCAUUCUGAAAUGCAGUAUAGAGCCACAAACAGAUAGGUCUUACAAUCCCCCAAGGCGUGAACUUUCGGAUUUUGGGUCUGGGAAACAUCCACUUCUAGUGCCUUGCUUGGAUGGACUAGGAAGGUUUUCACAUUUGAUCAAUGUCGAUUUUAUGGGGGAUCUUCUACGAUUUCUUCAAAGACUUGCAUCUGGAGAGACUACUUCGAAAACAAAUAGUGGAGUUUCAAGUCAAUUGGAGUUGACAGUUCUUGAACGUCUUAGAUGCUGCAUUGUAGCAUUCAAGAUAGUUCGAAGCAACCUUGAUGCAUUAAAUAUAGAUCUUCGGGAGUUCUUUGUACAACUCUAUAAUAUACUGCUUGAAUGCAAGCCUGAGAGGGACAGUCAUGGGCAAGCACUUUCAGAAGCAUUACAAAUAAUGCUAUGUGAAGUCAGACAACAUGACAUGCAAAGGGUAGCUGCUUUUACGAAACGUCUGGCUUCAUUGUCUCUACAUUUUGGAUCUGCAGAGGCUAUGAUGGUUCUGGUGACAGUAAAGAAUUUACUACAGAAGUACAGCAAGUGUCGUAAUUUAUUGGAAAAUGAUGGUGGAGGUGGCUCAGUUGGUGGUACUGUAGCGAGAUAUCAACCUGAAUCUGUGGAUCCUGAGUUAAGUGGAGCUCUUUCUUCUAUUCUGUGGGAAGUGGCCUUGUUAUCCAAGCAUUAUCAUCCAGCUGUUUCAGAAUUGGCUAAUAAUAUUGCUACCAUGAGUGUAUCUCAUAAUCAAGUGUUUCUUUCAACUCUCUCUCCACAAGAAGCUUUGCGGACUUAUUCAACAAGGUUUAGGACAUUCUCGUCUCCCAUUUGUCAGGUCAAGCCAACACGGAAGAGGAAGUGGAAUGAUGGGAAUAUAAUUCUAGAUAAGUCUAUAGUUGACCAGAUCAAGGCUGGUGAAGAUAAUGAUUUGGUUAGAAAGAAGUUUACCACACAUUUUAAAGUGCUUAGGGAUAUUAAAGAGAAUGAAAGGUUGAGAAAGGAGCUAAAUACUACUUUAGUAUCCCUAAGAGCAUAUGAUCAAUACAAAACUGGAACAGCAAAGAAAUUUAAAAAGGUCCCACAAAUCAAGAAUUGGGAAGACAGUGUUGAAUAAGGUGGGAUUAAAAGAGAAUGACGAAGCAUGCGGUAGGGAAGGAUACUGAAAAAGCCAAGCAAAUGGCAAGGUUCAUGCUCUAAUCAGUAUAACACAUAUCCAUUGUAUGAGAGUCUACAAGUGUUAGAUCCACAAUUUGUUUGGUUAAUUAAUCAAAAUCAUUCAAAAAAACAUUUCGACAUUGUAUAAAAUUGUUCUUUGAUUUACAAAGGCUGUUUCAGAUUAGUUCUGAAGUUCAGUUUAGCUGAUGUAGGUCAAAUUGUGCACAUUCAAUUUCAAUUUUUCCAUUUACUGUUACACAUAAGUAAUGAGAUCGAUGAUGUGCUCCCCAGUUCAAUAGACUAAAUUUCCAAAAUAACAAAUAUUUUUUGGAAGUUUGUUAUUUCA